AUGGGUCAGACAUUUGCUAAAGAGUACAAGGAAUCAAUAACCCUGGCCUACUAUUGUAUUAAUACCUUUCUUACAAUCCUCGGCUUUGCAGCUGGAACCAUUUACUUAUGGUACAGAGAUCGAAGGGACCAGGAGAGGCGUGCAAAGGAGGAUAGGGAACACCAGGAGAGACGUGAACAGGAGAAUCGGGAAUACCAAGAGAGACGUGAACAGGAGAAUCGGGAAUACCAAGAGAGACGCGAACAGGAGAAUCAGGAACGCCAAGAGAGACGCGAACAGGAGAAUCAGGAACGCCAAGAGAGACGCGAACAGGAGAAUCGGGAACGCCAAGACAGACGUGACGAAGAAGAGCGAAGGGACCAUCUGAGGCGAGAAUGGCGUCAGUUCACGGAAGGAAUUUUUACAGAUUACAGCAGUCUGAAACGAAACCAGAUCCUAGAGAACAUAUUAAAAGUAAAGAAAAAUUUUGACAAAUUUCCAAUUCAUUCUGAAGUAACUGGCCUUGAUGUUUUGAGAUACUGGCUCGCUGAUGAUCACUACCAAAAUGUUUCGAUCGAAUCACCCCAGCUGAGGGCCCUUCGUAAAGACCUCCACACGAUCUACCGGUCGCUAAGUUCCUGCUCUUCGUUGAUCCAUUCAGGAGAAGUGCCCAAAAAUACGAAGGAAGAAUUAAGAGGUGUAGUGGAAGAAUUGGGGAAUGCAGCAAAGCCUUUCUUAACAGGUGAUAAACUAGAGGUCGCUUUGACAUGUCUCAAACACUUUGGUGGGGGCAAACCAUAUGCAGGUCCUGAAAGAAAAGUGCCCGAUAAGCCACAUAUAUUACAUAUUGUUCCAUAUGUAAAUAGCCUGAAGUUAGUUAAUGAUGCUCGUCGGGAGCCAAACCAAUCUGACUUUUCAACACCAAUAGCACCAAUUGGUACAAAAGAUUAUAGCCAGUGCACCAAAUUUUCACUAACAAUGAUGUGGUUUGACGAGGAACAUUUUCCCCUCAGGGAACUCCAUCACAUUCUAGAAAUGGAAGAAUAUAGGACUUAUCAUACUUGUAUCAAAGAGUUUAAAGCACAACAAGUAAAGUCACCUCAAAACUUGACUGACCCUAUUGUCAGCAAGGAUAGCCAUAAAGAAGUUGUUGCAAAGGUGCUGCAUGAGAUACGUUAUAUCCAUUAUCUU